AUGGCCAUUUUCACGGCGCCAACGUCGUUUCGCUCCGCCCUCGAACGUCGCUAUCUCUCGAACGAUGGCAUUCCUCAAAUCGUCGCCAGUGCCGCGACGCACUCAAGCCAUCCCAGCUUUGGCAAUCUUCUUCUUUUAGUUCUUGAAGCCGUCCUUGAGGUCGUCUGCGUCAGUUUACCAGGGUACAUUGCGGCCAGAUCGGGCAUGUUCGAUGCCGAUGCACAGAAGCUGGUCGCUAAUCUGAACGUAGCUCUUUUCACACCAUGUCUAGUCUUCACAAAACUAGCAUCCCAGCUUACGGCUGAGAAAUUCACCGACCUCGCGAUCAUACCUGCUAUCUUCGUCGUGAUGACCGCUGUGUCAUACAUGUGCUCAUACAUUAUUUCACGACUAUUUCGAUUCAAAAAACGUCAAGCCAAUUUCGUGACUGCAAUGGCAGUCUUUGGCAACUCGAACUCUUUACCAAUAUCCCUCGUUGUUUCUCUAUCGCAAACUCUGCAAGGCCUUCACUGGGACCGCGUUCCGAACGAUAACGACGACGAAGUUGCCGCGCGAGGAAUUCUGUAUCUACUAAUUUUCCAACAACUCGGUCAACUAGUCCGCUGGAGCUGGGGCUACCAUGUCUUGUUAGCACCCAAGGAGCGAUAUAUUGAGGAAGGCGAUGUGCACACCGUUCAACAUGGACAAGAACAUUAUUUAGACAAUCCGCAACAGACGGACCCUGACGAGCCUUUGCUCCGUACCCGAACCGGUGAUAGCGAACACGAUAUUGUCCACACAACUUCGAACUCUGUUACCUUUGAGUCUGGCGCUCAAACUCCAGUGACUGAUCGCAAUCUCUCUUAUACCAAAUUACCUAGCCACGGUUCCGAUCAAUCUCCGCGGCAUCGCGACAUCGUCGACAGUGAUUCGGACGACGAGUCAGACGAGGACCGCUCACUACCCGUUAUUGGCCUCCCACCCAAUGGACCAUUUCUACCACGACAGAGCUCCCAGGGGCAUAUUUUGACGUUUCCGGAUGUUGAGGUGCGCCGCUCUUCCACGCCUGUAGCCACUGGCAUUCGUGGUUUCUUCUUUAGAUGGAGACGAUCCCUCAACAGGUCAUAUGCUCGUAUGGGCAAGUAUGUGGACACCAAGCGCAAUCAAAUCUUUGAACACCUUCCGCCCUGGUUACAGAAAUUCCUGACCGUGACUGCUACCUGGGCAGGUCGGUUCCUACGUGGAGCUUGGGAGUUCAUGAACCCCCCUUUGUGGGCCAUGCUUGUCGCGGUUAUCGUUGCAUCAAUUCCUGAUUUGCAACACUUGUUCUUCAAUGAGGGAACGUUCGUGCGUAAUUCCAUCACACGGGCGAUCGAUCAAAACGGACAGGUCGCGGUCCCUUUGAUCCUGGUUGUUCUCGGCGCCAACCUAGCUAGGAACACCUUACCUAAAGAGCAUUUAGAGGACGGGGUAGAGAAUUCCAAAGAGGAACGUAAUCUCAUCAUUGCAUCGCUAGUUGCUAGAAUGCUUCUACCGACGUUGAUAAUGGCACCUCUGCUAGCUCUCCUCGCGAAGUAUGCUCCGGUUAGCAUACUCGACGACCCGAUCUUUAUCAUUGUUUGCUUCCUACUCACGGGAGCACCAUCCGCUCUCCAGCUGGCGCAAAUCUGUCAAAUCAACAACGUGUAUAUGGGAGCAAUGUCUAAAUUGUUGUUCCAGAGUUAUGUUGUCUGGAUUCUUCCAUCGACCUUGAUGCUUGUGAUGACAGCUCUUGAGGUAGUCGAAUGGGCAACAGGUGGUAACUGA